ACCCACUCUGUAGAUUUGCUUCGUUCAGUGAUCUCUUUCCUUCCUCCUCCCUUCGCACUCUCUGCUUCGUCGGGCCACCAAAAAUGCUGCGUUUGCUUCCUUCAUUCUUGCUUCUCUGUGUUGCUUGUCAACUGGCGGCUGCCUUCACGGAUGGCUUGCUGCCGAAUGGGAACUUUGAGCAGGGGCCGAAGCCGUGGCAGCUUAAGGGCACGAAGGUGGCGGGCCGCGACGCCAUCCCCCGGUGGCAGAUCACGGGCUUCGUGGAGUACAUCCAAUGGGGGCAGAAGCAAGGGGACAUGCUGCUGGUCGUGCCCGAGGGCUCCUACGCCGUCCGCCUUGGCAACGACGCCUCCAUCAAGCAGAGUGUGAAGGUCACCAAAGGCGUGCGCUACUCGCUGACGUUCAGCGCCGCGCGGACGUGCGCGCAGGAGGAGCGGCUCAACGUCUCGGCGUCGCCCGAGUCGGGCGUGCUCCCCAUGCAGACCAUGUACAGCAGCAACGGGUGGGAUUCCUACGCCUGGGCGUGGCUGGCCAAGUCCGACGAGGUGGAGGUGGUGAUCCACAACACCGGCGUCUCCGAGGACCCCGCCUGUGGCCCUCUCAUCGAUUCCGUCGCCAUCAAGCAGCUCUUCCCUCCUCGGAGGACCAACACGAACCUUUUGAAGAACGGAGACUUCGAGGAAGGGCCAUACAUCCUCCCCAACACCACCUGGGGCGUCCUCAUCCCUCCCCAGAUCGAGGACGACCACUCCCCCCUCCCCGGGUGGAUGGUGGAGUCCCUCAAGGCCGUCAAGUACCUGGACGCCGAGCACUUCUCCGUUCCGCGCGGCCGCCGCGCCGUGGAGCUCCUCGCGGGCAAGGAGUCCGCCAUCGCGCAGGUCGUCCGCACCGUCCCCGGCCGCCGGUACGCCCUCUCCUUCGCGGUGGGCGACGCUAGCAACGCCUGCGAGGGGUCGCUGCUCGUCGAGGCCUUCGCGGGCGAGCACACCAUCAAGGUGCCCUACGAGUCGAAGGGGCGGGGCGGGUCCAAGCGCGCGGUGCUCCAGUUCACGGCCACCACCGCGCGCACGCGCGUCGUCUUCUGGAGCUCCUACUACAACACCCGGAGCGACGACCUCAGCUCGCUCUGCGGUCCCGUGCUCGACGACGUCGCGCUGGUUAGCGUCCGCUACCCGAAGCACGCGUGAGCGUCGGCGGACGUCGCUUGGCUCUAUAGGCAACUCCUCGUUGGCGCUUGAGGCGCCGCCACCACCGCUUUGCGGGUCUCAUUCGGUGGCGGAGUCGCCAUGAGCGCAAUAUCACAAUUAUUUUGUGUGCUAUGCUAAAUUAUUUGAGAUGAAUCACAUAUAAUAUUACGCAAUUAGAUUUUUUAUGUUC